AUGUCACAUGGAAGAAUUGAUUCAAAAUUUAUUUGUGUUUGGCUUGAUAAACAACAUAUUCGAUCAGAAGAUUAUGCCAAUGCUCAAGACCAACUUCGAAAUGUCGUUAAUUCGUUCCGAGGUUUCCAUAAUACUCAUCAAUGCGUGGAUUUUAUUAUUAAUAAUCAAAAUGCAAAAAUAUUGUUAAUUACUUUGGAUGAAUUUGCUCACAUUAUUAUGCCUGUUAUUCAUUCUUGCGAACAAAUACAUUCAAUCUAUGUCUUCAAUUCGAAUAAAUCAGCAAAUGACAAAUGGACAAAAGAUUAUGAGAAAAUUAAAGGAUUUUAUAAUGAUAUGAAAUUGAUUUGUGAUCAAAUAAAAGAAAGCAUCAGUCAAUCUGGAAAUGAUAUUGUCUCAAUUUCAUUUGUUUCUUCUGCAGAUGUCACUUCAAAUGAUGUUAAUCGACAAGACCCAUCAUUUAUGUAUUUUCAAUUAUUAAAAGAAAUUAUUUUAAAUGAUCAUCAGAACGAAACAGAGAAACAAACUAAAAAUGAUAUGUUAGCCUUCUGUCGGAAUGAAUGUGCUGGAAGUCAAAAUUCAUUGAAGAUUUUGGACAAAUUUGAAAACGAGUUUAACCCUGAACGUUCUAUUUAUUGGUAUACAAGAGAAUGUUUUCUUUAUAGAAUGUUAAAUAAAGCAUUAUGGACACCACAACCAGAUGUUCUUUAUAAAUUACGAUAUUUUGUUCGUCAUCUUCAUCAACAAAUUUUAUUUCAAGCAUCAUUACAACGUGAUCAUUUAUCAUCAGUGAUUGUUUAUCGUGGUCAAAGUAUGUCAGAGGAUCAAAUUGAGAAACUCAAACAAAAUGUUGGUGGUUUUCUUUCUUUUAAUAAUUUCUUAUCAACUUCACUUAAACGAGACGUUGCUCUUAACUUUCUUUGGGGAUCAGAAGUUGGUGUUUUAUUUGAAAUACAUAUUGAUCCAACUAUACAAAAGUUUCCUUUUGCUAAUAUCGAGCAAUUAUCUUAUCAACAAGGAGAAAAUGGCGAAUGUGAACUUCUUUUUUCAAUGGGUAGUGUUUUUCGUAUUCUUCAUAUUGACAAGCAAAAAGACUUUUAUCGUGUUCAAUUAACAUUAAGUGAUGAUAUUGAUGAGCAAUUAGCAGAAUAUACAAAACUUACUCGUGAAGAAACUCGUUCAUCUCAUUCUUUUCUCUCACUUUUAAAAUUAAUGCAUGAAUUAGCACAAUAUAGUAGUGUUGAUCAAUUUGCUGAGAUAUUUGGUGACGGUGGUUCUUUAGCCGUCAGUCCUAUUGUACUUGGUUCCAUUCAUCAUGCUUUCGGUUUAAUUUAUCUUGAACGAGGGCAAUCAAAAAAAGCUUUAGAUCAUUUCCGCAAAACACUUUCUAUUUAUUUGAAUUUUUUACCAGCUGAUCAUCCGAAAUUAUCGCCGACUUACAGUAAUAUUGGUUUCGUUCAUUCAACUCAAUCUGACUAUGAGACAGCCUUAACAUUUCAUCAGUUAGCUUUGGAUUGUCAAUUGAAUGCGAAAAAUCCUGAUAUUUCAUCGAUUGUCACUUAUAGAAAUAAUAUCGCAUCAAUUUAUUAUCAACAAGAAAAAUACGAUGAAGCUAUUGAACAUCACAAACGUGCUCUCGAAUUACAAAAACAAUAUUUGGGCGAAAAUGAUCCAUCAUUGACGAAUACUUACAAUGUAAUCAGUGCAAUCUGUUAUAAACAUGGUGAUUACGAACAAGCGACUUUAUAUCAUGAGAAAGCUGUUGCUUUACAAGAAGAUACUUCUCGAUCGGAUCCAUCAGCCUCGGCUAAUUGUUCACUAACAACUGGUACUAUUUGUCUUUCUCAAGGACAAUAUCAAGAAGCAUCGGAUCAUUUCAAUCGUGCACUUAAAAUCCAACAACAAUACUUUUUACCGAAUAAUCCAUUAUUAUCUACAACCUAUAAUUGUAUAGCUAAUACAUACUAUAAACAAAAUCAAUUUGAAGAAGCAUUAUCUUAUCAUUACAAAGCAUUAGAAAAUGAAGAAAGUUCAUUGUCUAAUGAUCAUCCUUCCAUUGCUGUCAGUUACUCAAACAUUGCUAAAGACUACGCCGGUUUAUUGUGUUGGUCACUUGCUUUGGAAUUUGGCCUGAAAGCGAUCGAACAAGUGAAUAAAUCACCUCAAGCUGAUCCAUCCAAUCUGAUAUCAUACACUCAGCAUGUAGCUCAUAUUUAUCAUCAACAAAAAAACUAUCAAGAAGCAUUGAAUUAUUUUCAUCGUACACUUGAAAUUCAACAACAAUACUUUUCACCAAAUCAUCCAUCAUUAGUCUCGACUUAUGAUCGUAUAGCUAGCAUCUAUUAUAAACAAGAUCAAAUUGAAAAAGCGUUAAUUUAUUACAAGAAAGCAUUAGAAAUUGAACGAAGGUCAUUAUCUGAUAAUCACACUUCUAUUUCUGCUAGAUAUUUCAAUAUUUCUAAAGCUUAUGCUGAUUUAUUACGUUGGUCAGAUGCUUUAGAAUAUUCUCUAAAAGCUGUCGAACAAAUGAAAAAAUUAUCUCAGACUGAUAUACCUGCUGUAGCGGCAUUGGUCCAAUAUGUAGGACAUAUUUAUCAUCAACAAAAUGAAUAUGAACAAGCAUUAAUUUAUUAUAAAGAAGCUCUUGAACUAUAUGGUGCGCAUUUACGUGAAGAUGAUGAUUCAUUGAAUGGUCUAUAUCAUCGAACUGCUAGUAUUUAUUAUAAAUUGAAAAAAUAUAAGGAAGCUCUUCUUUUUUAUCAAAAAGCAUUGAAUAUUGAGUUGAAAACAGUGCCGAAUAAUGCAAAAACUAUUGCUGAUACUUAUUCGAAUAUUUCCACCGCGUAUUUUGGUAUGAAUCAACUCGAUCAAGCAUUUAUUGCAGCUAAUCAAGCGCUUGCUCAAUUAUGCAAAACUUUACCAAAUAAUCAUCCAGAUGUUGUUCAACAACGAGCUUAUUUAGAUGCUAUCAAAAUCAAACAAAUACUUGAAGAUACAAAUCAUUAA